CCGAGCACAGCCGAGGCUUCCAUCCGACAUCCACCGGGAGAGAGAGAGAGGCCAGAAGCCGCAGAGGAGGCAUCAGCGGCUCGACGCUCACAGACGCUGACAGCCUCCGACUGAGAGCGCAGACCAACUAGGACAUGACUGCAGACGUGGCGGUGUCUCUGUUGGUGCUCGCGGGGAUCGUCGGGCUGAGUGACGUGACCCGCAGGUUGUUGACCAGGACCCUCGCGGGCACCGGGCUCUCUGUUUACGCGGUAGAGCUCGUGUCCACCUUUCAGUUGUGCUGCUGCACGCACGAGCUCAGGUUGCUGUCCGAGGUGGGCGGGAUCGACCCUCGACUCGCGCUCACUUUGACUUACCUGGCGUCCGUGGUGCACGGGCUCACCUUCAGCGGGGCCAUCUGCAACCCCUCCGGCGCGCUCGAGCACGCGUACCAAGCGAGGAUCUCGAGUGGGUGCGCCCUGCGGCGGAUCGCGUGCCAGUUCGCUGCGGCCGCCGCUUCGCGCACCGCAGUGCCGGUGAUCUGGGGUGUCGGGUUGUCCAGACUGCACGUGCGGCAUAAGCUGCUCGGUUACCGGUGCGUCAGCCCCAUUCACGCGCCGCUGCCGAAGGCCACCGCCGUGGAACUCGCGUGCGCCUUUGCGGUACAGACUGCCAUCACGCACACGCGAUCAGUGGAGGAGAAAUACCGCGUGCACGCCGUAGCUGCGGUCACCGCAACGGUGGUUUAUGCAGGUGGCAGUAUGACAGGAGCAGUGUUUAACCCUGCCUUGGCCUUCUCCACACAGUUCCCCUGCAGUGGGAACUCCUUCCUGGAGUACUGCCUGGUCUACUGGCUGGGCCCGCUGCUGGGCAUGAUGAGCUCAGUGCUGCUGUUUGAUAAAAUCGCCCCUCUGCUGUCAGGGAAAUCACCGUCUCUCCACCUCCCCCUGGAGACCAAGAAGAGGACCUGAGCGUCGCAGGGUGGCGUUUCACUCCGAGCACACGAGGACGGACUGAGUGUGAACCUGCUGCUGGUUUCAGUCACCGUCUGUGGCUGAAAAAGAACAACACUGAUAUGCACUUUUUACUUAAACCUGUAGGCUUUUUUUUGAUUGAUUAACCAAAUAGUGGAUGAUUUCACCUCAAGAGCACAUGUAGGAAGAUAAAGACACUAAUUUUAGUGUUUGUUUUUUUUCUAAACAGGUCAGUCAGAAAUAGAUAAAGAAAUAAAGUUUUUACUUAACAGCUGCAAAAUGAGUUUUUACAAUAGAGGUGGUUGGUGGUUGAUCCUCACCUCAGAGCCAGUAUCACCACUGGAAUAUCAACAACUCUUUACAGUCCUGACUGGAUCCUCACAGCUGCUUUAAACACACUGACAUUUAAUUUCCUAUUAUGUUGGUCAUUUCAGAACCUGCGUACAAGUUUUGUAGUUGCAGUACUAUAUUGAGCCAAGUAUUAUUUUUGUGUAAUAUAAACGUUUAUUUAAACUAAUCCAUUAAUGAAUUAACUGGAAAAUGAAUCAUGAAAAGUUGAUGUAUAAUAAUAAUAAAACUUUGAGUAGCACUUUACUUAACUAAGUUACAAAGUGCUUUGUAUAUAAUUCAUGUUUAUACUUAACAUGAAGCACAGUGCAGUGUAGGUACAUACGUCAGUUUGUUUUUCACAGAUGUAAUUGGUACCUUUUAUUCUCUGUAAAAC